AGCAAAUCUAACUAUGGGUCAAUUUUAUCUGAACAUCAACUUCGAGGAAACCUAUGAAGAUUUAUAUCUGUACACAUUGAAUAAAGAAUGCUAUGAGUGUCCCUAUCUCCUUUCAUACCAUGGCAAUGGCUCCAUCAAGAAUUGUAUGAGUAAGGAUCCACCGAACACCGUUUUCUCUACUGACCUCAAAUUUCGGAUUGCCACUGAACACAAAGAGUAUUUUCCUCAAGACCAAUCCAGUAAUGUGAUUUGUGAUCUGGAUCAAAGCUUUGGUCAGUUUGGGAUUUACAACGUGAACAUCAAUGAAUCAGGAUGCUAUGUGGAUGUUCUCGUAGAGCCAGUGAAUAUUUACACUCCGAUUCUAACUGUGAUCCUAAUAUAUUCAGCUCUAUUUUCGCUAAUUUAUGGAAUCUUUUUCUUGUGGAGAACUAGAAAAACGUCAGAAGACAGCCAAGCGAAAAAGGAAAGAAUCAAAUCUCUUGACACUUUCAGAGGUAUCAGCAUUGUGGUUAUGAUAUUUGCAAACUUCGGGUGUGGAGGCUAUGAGUUUAUAGACCACGCGAAGUGGAAUGGACUUCACAUAGCAGACCUGGUUUUUCCUUGGUUCAUAUGGAUCAUGGGGGCUUGCAUACCAAUGUCGUUGACAUCAAGUUUCAAGAGGAAAAUCUUGAAUAAGGAAUUGAUGGCAAAUAUCACAAAAAGAUCGUUGAAGUUGUUCUGUUUGGGAAUAUUUCUGGGUAGCGGUUCUGACUUAAAUUUCCUCCGUAUUUUUGGAGUAUUACAAAGGUUUGGUGUCGCAUACUUCACCAUUUCCACCAUAUGUAUAUACUGUAUGGACAGAGCCGAAAUCAAAGAAGGAAACUCUUAUUUGGCCGAUAUUCUGAAAAUCUGGAAAGGAUGGAUAGUAGUUUUGUCUCUUCUUUUGGUUCAUACGAUUUUAAUAUUCACGGUUGCCGCUCCGGGUUGUCCGAAAGGAUAUAUGGGUCCAGGAGGUUUGCACAAAAAUCGGUCUCACAAUCAUUGCGUCGGAGGAGCAACAGGAUACAUUGAUGAAUUGAUAUUGGGGAACCAUAGAUACCAAAAUCCAACCAUUUGGGCUAUUUAUGAAGCGAAACCUUUCGAUCCUGAAGGUUUACUCGGUUGCUUGACCACGAUAUUCCAUGUCUUCAUAGGAGUACAGGCUGGAACGACCCUCAUUGUCUACAAAAACCAUUCAGAUCGCCUCAUCAGGUGGCUGUCAUGGGCAGUUUUUACUGGAUUGAUUGGAGGCGGCCUUUGUGGGUUCAGCAAAGAGGAGGGUCUGAUUCCUGUCAAUAAGAAUCUAUGGUCCCUAUCAUUCGUUAUGGUUACGUCGAGCCUCGCAUUCUUGAUGUUGAGUAUCACCUACAUUUUGGUGGACAUGAAGAAAUGGUGGUCUGGAAAACCUUUUCUUUAUGCAGGAAUGAACGCGAUCCUGAUGUACAUCGGCCAUGAGAUGACAGAUGGACAUUUUCCGGUUAGGUGGUACUUACACAACUACAACAGUAUACAGGGUGAUUAUCGAAGGACCCAUUUUUUGGCGCUCUUAUCUGAUGUGUGGGGUGUCAGCAUUUGGGUUCUAGUGGCUGUUUAUUUGUACAAAAUCAACUACUUUUUUUCUAUUUAAUAAAUAUUCGAUCGAUUA